AUGACUGCAACCUUGUCCGCCCGCAAUGCCGCGACACCUCCCCUCCUCCGGCUCCCGCACGAGCUGCUCGAUUACAUUUUCACGCUGGCGUACAGCGACUACAACGACGACCUCGAUGAUGACCUCGUGGGCGUUCAACUCGAAGCGCAACGAAGGCUUGUUCCCGCCGGAACCGUCUGUCGCGCAUUGCAACCCUUCGUCACCAAGCACCUAUACGGCCGCAUCCACUUCUCCUCUCAGACGGCUUUCGCAUCCUUCUGCACCGUCCUCCUCGCGACUCCACAGCUCGCCAGCCUCGUGACGGAUCUCCGAAUCAGCUUGGCGAACGAACUCUACCGGCACUACGACGCCGUCUACGGCGACCGCGCGGUCCCGCGGAGCGUGGAGGCCGCUAACGGGCCAAUGACUGUUCCGGCAGGGCUGGUGUCGGCUGCGGCGUCGUCGCUCGUCAACCUCCGCUCCCUCAUCCUCGACAGGUGUCCAUCGGCGCUCGGCGACCCACUCCUCCUCGACAGCACUCCGACUUCCUUCCCUCAACUCCUCGUUUUCAACUCAAACAACUGGAAAUCCCGAUCUGGUAGCAAACAAGGCCAAAUCGACCUGUUUGCUCGUCUUGCGACUUUCCCCUAUCUCAUCGACCUCCGUCUCAGCAACCCGAUGCACCGGUACCCGCUAUUGCCGCGUAUCGGUGAAUGUACGCUGUCCUUCCCAUCCCUCGCCAGCCUAAGGGUGGACGGCUCGGGAUUCGGAAGCGAAUCACUGUCUUACGACAUCGGCGCCUUUUUCCCCAACUUGCGCGUCUUCGAUGUAUACGACCUCGAUGAGGAUGCUUCAAUACUCCCACUCCUCGGUACCUUACCCUGCACGCUCCAACACCUCUACCUGGAUCGAACGGUGUACGAGCCCGAAGUCGACGUUAUCGACAUUAUACCCUCUCUCGCCCAUCUUCCUCAUCUGCAGACUCUCAUCCUUGCACACGCCACCUUCACUCCUCAGUCAAUACUGCGUCACCUCCACUCUUCGCCGCAACUGCGACAUCUCGGGUUCGGACAGGCGAGCGGCAUCACCGACAACGUCCUCGCCGAGAUCGCCACCCUUCCGCAAAUCGCAACGCUCGAGCUCGACCAUGUCAUUGGCAGGAAGGGCAUACCGCUCCUCGAGCAAGCGAGUCUCGAGCAGCUGAAGCUCCUGCCGGAACUUUGGGAGCCGUACGAUUGGGACUGGCAGAAGCCGUACUUCCCACCGGGCGUCACGCUUGAAGGCAUCAAGGUGGCUGCCGCAAUGGCGCGCAGCAACGGUAUCGUCGUGGAGGGAACGGCUCUCGACGUUCCGGAGGACUUUGACGAAGCAUGGCAGCGGGAGAUUGUCUCGGUCGUCAACGAGCUGUACAUCAAGACGGGCGACUUGUCGAUGCUUGGGGAGUUGGAUGUGACGUUGUCUGAGGUGCUCGAGUACGUGCGCGGGACGGUGCUGUCGUUGCGGGAGAAGCAUGGCGUCCCCACACCGCCGAUCCAUCCUUCGUAG